CCCCCCCCCCAUCAGCGCUCGCCUCUGCACCCCGUUCCUACCAUUUACAACCUUCUCUCAUAAACUUGAAUUCUCUCCAUUCUCUUCUAUAUUUCUUCCCCAAUCUACCCCGCCAACACAGAGCCAAGAUGUCGUCGCUCGAAGCUACCAUGAUCAUUGUCGACAAUAGCGAAAGCAGCAGAAACGGAGACUAUACCUCGACACGAUGGCAAGCACAGAUCGAUGCCGUCAGCGUCAUCCACACCAGCAAAAUGCGCGUACAUCCCCAGUCCGCCGUCGGUCUUAUGAGCAUGGGUGGAAAGGGUCCCGAGGUUCUCUCAACAUUCACCACCGACUUCGGUGGUAUCCUGGCCGGUCUCCAUCGCACGAAGAUCCACGGCACUGCCCACCUUAGCUCCAGUAUACAAGUGGCCGGUCUUGCCCUGAAGCACCGCUCCGAGAAGUCCCAGAGACAGCGCAUCGUGGUGUUCUCCUGCUCUCCGAUCGAAGAAGACGAGAAGACAUUAGUGAAGCUGGCCAAGAAAAUGAAGAAGAACAACGUGUCCAUCGACGUGAUCGCCUUCGGAGACCUGGAGUCCGACCAGACCCAGAAGCUGGAGGCCUUCGUCGACAACGUCAAGGGUGGCGACGGUUCCCACCUCGCCGUCAUCCCGCCCGGCCCCAACCUGCUGAGCGAGGAGCUCCAGCUCACGCCCAUCCUGGGUGGUGACGGCCCUGGCGCAGAUGGCGCCGGACCCGAAGGCGGUGAUGGGUCCUUUGGGUUCGAGGAUGCCGCCGAGGACGACCCCGAACUCGCAUUCGCCCUGCGUCUGUCCCUGGAAGAGGAGAAGAACCGACAAGAGAAGGAGAAGCGGGACCGGGAGGAACAAGAAGGCAAAGUCAACCUGGAGAACAUCCCCGAAGAAGGCCAACCCGGUGGUGAGUCCAGCGGGAGCAAAGACAAGAAAGAGGAUGGCGACAAGAUGGACACCGCUUAAACGUGGGGACCAGAAUAACCUCCUUCCUGGAUGAUUUGAUGCAUACCCGGCGUUUUCAUGUACUUUCCUCUUAUACUGUAAUUGUAGAAAGCGGUUCCCAGUCGACACGCUUUUGAAAGGAUGCGGUAUUAUAUGCAGUCUAUCGUCAUCGUAACUGUUUCCCAUAAUACAAACUAUGGCGC